CCUGCUUAUGAUAUACCUAUUAGAGAUAACAGCGAUGAAACAACUACUGUAAAAUUCACUCGACCAACUACUACCACAACUACGGAAAAGGUUAAACCAGUUUACGAAACCUCAGAAGAAAUAUACGAUGGCCAAGAAGAUACAGAUAAUAUUAACAGUGAGAUCGAUGGAGAAAUCAGCCAGGAAUCGAUGAAGGUACCUAUCGUCAGUACGUCAAGUGACGUUGAGCACACGUCUAAAUCAACAACACAACUAACUCUACUGCAAGAUGAGGUGAUACCGACGCAGGAAACUCCAAAAGACAAAAAUGUGAAUCUCAUAGAUUUCAAUCCUGGAACACAAACCGAAAAACCGUUUGGGUCCAACAAUAGCACUUCGUUUUCAUCUAAUACAAUUAAACCUAUAUAUGAUCGUAAUCCAUAUGUGGAUCCUAGACCAUUUACGGUUAAUACUAUAACAACCUUAGAUCAUCAGUUGCACCAACCCCAUUGGCAGAUUAACCAAAUGUUAGAAAAUUCUACUAAUAUUUCGUAUGAAGAAAACUUUGAUUUGAACACUGGUGAAGAAAUGAGCACCAUAUCCACCACUAAGCCAUCUACUACACGUAAGGUGCCCUAUUACUCUAACAACCAGGAUGGUAAAUAUAGAAGACCACCUAGACCGGUUUUCUCUGCUCGUCCAAACAACACAUCUCAUGAUCCUAAUAAUAUUAUUACGUCUACAGUUCAUAUACAAGACAAAAAACCUUUGAUAAUCGAAAAACCGAGCGAAAAGACAACAUUACCAACAUUUACUAUUACAACAGAUUUAGAUGUCAAUCGGACUUCAAGUGAAAUUAUCGAUUUAUCACCGCCACCGCCAACAAUUGACUAUAAUUUCAAGCCUUCAACGAACGAUGAAAUGAUUAUGGGAAUGAGUCCUCCACCUCCUCGGACUCCACCUGCUAUAAGACAACCUGUCAGAACUACCCCAAGACCUAUUCGAACACCUCCUUUCUCUAAAACUUUACCACCUCGCACAUUGCCUCCGAGGACAUUGCCUCCUAGAACAACAACUCAGAGACCUACAAGAAAACCUGUCACGAGAGAAGAAGUAUCAACUUAUAGACCUUCUUUCGAUAUUAAUAACAUGAAACGUCCAGUUUACAACCCCGGCCAGCCAUCGUUGCAACUAUUACCUCCGCCUCAGGAACCAUCACGUGUUAUUGAAGUAAAUCCAGAACCAACAGAAAGACCAACACCUCCAUCGGUCAUUUUCCCUACACCUGUUUCUUCAGGAUGGUUAACUUCGUCAGGGAUUGAAUUUGCAUCAGGUUAUGACUUUGAACCUACCUCUAUACAGUUCCCUGGAACAGCUGGAACUGUGGUUCCCACCAUAAUUGCUCCGUGGCACACUUCGUCCACCGAGAAAAGUUCAAAGGAAGAAGAGUCAAGUGAACGUAAUGAUAAUCUUAGCACAGAAAAACCUGUCACUGAAGAAAACGCAUCAGAUUCGAGCAAAGAGGCUACUGAUCAUCAAUCUUCUGUUACUUUUGAAAGGCCCACGGAAUCCUCUAGCACAGAAUCACAAGAGGACGUUUCUACAGAAAGAGUCAAGUUUGGAACCUCAGGAUAUAGGAAUAGAACUCGUAGACCUUACCCAUCACGAGAUAGCUCCAGUAAAUAUAAGACUACCACAACCAAAAAACCUACUUCAACAACGAAACCUGUAAGAACACGUCCAGAAAUAUUAUAUCCUACAAGGCCUACUCCCACUAAGAAGAUUCCUGUAAUCAGGCCAAUACCUCAGAGGCCUAUAACAAUUAGUCCAUCAAGCGUUAUUGAAAGUUCGGAAUCUCCAGUUGAAGAGAAUUUCAUUAAACCAACAGAAGUACUUAAAGAAAGCUCGUUGCCUUCUAUACAAGAAUUAGAGGCUUCAAACGUAAUAAAAAAAGUACCACCAAGCGUAUAUACUCCUAUUGCAGAAGGUAGCGUAGUUGUCAAGCCAACUCACCACGCCGGUAACGAAGUUAAAGUAUUUGACGAGAUCAUACCGACAAAAACUGAAUUUAAGACUAUGGUAGUGACUUUAACAAAGACUUUAUCUGAACCACCGCAAAUCAUUUCUAGCAUAGGAUACGUUAACUUAACUCAUACUCGUACUGUUACUCAUACGAAGACAAGUCUUGUGAGUCAAUCAGAAGGAGCUGUAACGCAAACGUUAAUAUUGACUAAUAUACGUACAUCAACGAUAGUAGACGUUGUCACUGAAGUUUAUACACAAGUUCAGCCAACUACAAUAAUUGAGACUGUAACCAAACAUAUUCCUAUACCUUUAGACCCAACGCCGGUUGUAGAAGCGACCACAAAGACAAAAUUGGCUCUAGAUGAUGUUACUAUGUCUUCAGAAGAAACUGACAAUUUCAUCAUUAAAGACAAUGAGACAACUGAAAAUAUACAAAAGAUUCAUACUGAAGGUGACAAUGAAAACGAUACGUUCUUAAUAGUAAUGAAUAAAUCACAGAAUGGUGGGCAGGCGCCACCUGUACAGACAGAUAUUGAUACCGGUGAUUAUGAUGGAAUCACUAGGAAUGAACAAGUUAAUAGCAACGGAGUGUCUCAAGUUCUAUUUGGAGAAAUAUUACUUGCUGGAACGCCAUAUUUGGAAACCACAAACGUCGGCCAUCCCACUGGUGCAGGAUACGGCAAGGAAUGCCAACCAGACUGCAAAGCGUCGAGGAACGAGCGAUGCCAGAGGAUCGAUGGACUUAUGAAGUGCGUGUGCAGACCUGGAUUCGCCAGGAUGUUCCCUGACAGACCUUGCAAACCUACCUACACCUACUCCGUGAAGCUCGCCCUCGGCACCCAAGGCAACCAGCGUCUUCACUUCCACGAGAGCCUGGCAGAUAACUCGAGCAAGCAGUACCAGGCUCUCGCCCUGGCUACACAUGAGGGCAUCAACCGUAUGGUCAUGCAGUCAGAUCUGAGGGAUGUGUUCCAUGGAGUGCACAUCACGGGCUUCCAUCCGGUGGAGAUGAGGAGCGAUGGAGAGUUGUACCAGGGAGUGAUGAACGACUUUUAUGUGCAGUUGUCCGACAACGCACACGAGAGCCGCCUUAAAGAAGUACUUGAGAAGUAUCUCCGACACAACAACUACAGUCUUGGAGGAACCGACGUGCUCGCCGCAGGAGAACUGGUGGACAAGUUGGAAGUUAACGAUUUCGACGAGUGCGUAAGCGGUCAGUUCCACGAUUGUUCGGAGCAUUCACAGUGUUUCAACCUCCGAGGAACUUAUACUUGCAGCUGUCUAGAGGGCUUCGCGGACUUGAGCGUCAACUCGCAGUACCCUGGCAGAAUAUGUUCUGCUGAACCAGUGGGAUGCGAGAGGUGCAAUUACCAUGGAGCGUGCUACUCCCGAGACGACCGUAGAGUGCUGUGCGAAUGCUUCCAGUGGUACGCGGGCAGCACGUGCCAUAUCAAUCUGAAGGUGGUGCUGAUAUCCUUGGUCGUGGUUGGCGCACUACUGACGGCUGUUCUAGCAGCAUGCGCCGUGAUCGCUUGUUCACGUCGUCCGCGGCCGCCGCCUCGCUCCAUCGUGGCUUGUAUACAGAGCAUGCCGGGACUACAUCAGGGUGCCAUGCCUUCAAAGCAGCGUGCCGAUCGAAGAGCCCUGAUCAGCGAGAGGGGAGCGGAUUCCGGCGACGCGUCGAGUGUACAGAAUGCCUCGCUUCCCUACAUGCCGGCUAAGAGACCGAGUAAGAAGACGGCCAUCUCCGACCCCCCAGCACACGACCCGCCGCCACCGCCAGCGCCAGCUGUCAUGAUACCACGAGCACGCCUACAUCCACACCAUUCUGACAGCCGGGAAAACAUCUCACGGAAGAAGAGUCUGGAGCUCAGCAGCGAAGCCAAACUGAUCAGCUACCUGGAGUCGGGAGCUGUCAACAACAGUAAUACCAACGAUGAGAUGAGAAGAAAACACAGUAUGGAGUCAUCUUACAGUGCCAUGAAAGAAAGACAUAAUAAGCAAGGUGCUUUAGUAUCAGCAGGGUUCAAGGUGUCCACGACCAUCCGGCCAGAUGAACCAAUCAAGGACGACCGCGAUGACAUGUCGUCUGUGCACAAGGAUAUGGAUGACCUGCGGUUCGACUCGCUCAGGAAAUCUUACAGCCAAGAAGACUUAUCAGAAUGGACUGAUGCCGAACGGCGACUUGGAGAGCUAACUCUAUCGGAGGCUCGUUCGGUGGGCGGGACUUUACCAGCCAGCACAGGGCGAGCAGUAUCGUCAACUCGUUUAACACAUCAGGAGGCCAACACGAUGGCGGAGCGCGACCUCGGAUCCACCUUCUUACUGCCGCACGUGCACCUUUAUAAACCGGACCUAACGAGCGACGUAUCGGAGUUCGAUUCCCUGUGAAGACAAGUCAUUUAGAUUACUGUAAGACUUCAAGUGGCUUGAAAUUGUACCACCAAAGUGAAGACUAAUAUUUAUUUUAUGUUAUAAGUUGGCACGCGGCAUUGCUUUAACUUGGCUUUGCACUGCCGUGUGCCUCGGUGCUUAAUAGAACACACGGAUGAUGGAAGAGAUUGGAGAUGCUUAUUAUGCUUAACCAUUUUUUUAGUAAAUUUGUAUACUCUUUUUGUGACCAUUCUUGCUCUAUUAGAUACAAAGAAGACUUGAGUUUACGAUUGUUUAUAGAAAAA